AAAGAAGAAGAAGAAGUCGAAUUGUAAGGUCAACUACGUCAUGGCAAAGAUGGCAGCCUCCACGGUAGUGCGUGGAGAAGAUGCAUUUAAAAAAAUAUUCAAGUUCUACAAGAGGAAGAGUCCUCCGCCGGACUUCAGCGAUGUCACUGACUUUUCUAAAGGUGUCCCGAGUGACAAAAUGGUUCCGGCUGCACUGGACCCUUCUGUAGUGAGCGACGCUGAGGCUGCCAGGGUCGGAUUACAGCCUGUCAGAGACUGGAGAGCCUUCGGCCUGCAGGGAUACCCAGGGUUCAUCUUCAUCUCCAACCCCUUCCUGCUGGGCUCCCAGCCCUUCUGGGUCAGACAGUGUCUGAAGACCUACCCUCAGAAGCCCAACGUCUGCAACCUGGACAUGCACAUGUCUCCCUCUCUCACCCAGGACAUCUGGGACAAGAGUGUUCAUGGCCUCAGUGCCCCCCCCUCUGGAAGGAGAGAACCAAAGACUCUACUUGAGAGGCUGCGCUGGGUCACUCUGGGUUAUCAUUACAACUGGGACAGCAAGACUUACUCUGCCAACCAUUACACACCUUUCCCAGCUGAUCUCCACUUGCUGUCCCUCCAAAUAACAGCCGCCUGCGGGUUCCAGGGGUUCAACGCAGAGGCAGGAAUCCUCAACUACUACCGCUCUGAUUCAUCUCUAGGAAUCCAUGUGGAUGAGUCCGAACUGGAUCACAGCCGCCCGCUGCUGUCAUUGAGUUUUGGGCAGUCGGCCAUUUUCCUCCUGGGAGGCAUCCACAGGCAGGACCCCCCCAUUGCUAUGUACAUGCACAGUGGGGAUGUGAUGGUGAUGUCGGGGCAGAGCCGCCUCCUCUACCAUGCUGUCCCACGCAUCGUCUCAGCACCCCAGGGACACACAGCGACACAGCUGGCGGGCUGCAGCCGGACCUCGUCUCUGCAGGACAGCACGGAGCUGGAUACGGUGUCAGAGGAGGACUGGGCCGUGUGCUGCAAGUACAUCCAGAGCUCCAGGCUCAAUGUGACUGUCAGACAGGUGCUGGGGCCCGGGCAGAGCUUACCAGAAGCACCCUCUUCUCCCCAAAAGACUGCUGCAGGCCAGACAGCGUGGGACCGUGAUGGAGCAGCAGACAGAGGAAGUUGUUAUUCUGUUAAUACUUCACAGACAUGAUGCAGCUGCUGGUCCCAGCAGCCUACUUCAGACAUUCACAUGCUUCUGGGAUUAUGGGGGUGGGGGGGGAGCUGCUGAGGACCAGACUGAAGAAAGAUGGCUGCCUCACAGGAAGAUACAAUGCAUCUGCUGUAGUCGGAGGCUUCAGUUAUUAAUUACAGAACUAUUUGACUUUUCAUAAACGGUACAUCUGCAUCAAAUAGAAGCUGGAGCUCAAACCGGAGUCCUGCUGGCAUUGGGAAACUGGUUAAAUUAAAUGUUAAAACAAUAAAAAUGUUAAGACAUGAA